CUGCAGCCAGGGGCUGCGUUCCCUUCAAGCCUUGAUCCCCGUGCUCCCUCCCACCCCGAGCCGCUGGAGAAACUUGUCUCUCAUCUCCUGCAGGCCAUGGAUUCAGCAACUCUGCUCCUCCUGGCUGUGCUGGCCAUCCUGCCCAAGACGACACAGGAUCCCCAGAGCGAUGCGGUCAGCGCGCGGCGGAUGACCGAGCGUGCGCUUUUUGUGGAGCAGAAGAUGACGGAGCUGUGGGAGGAAGUCGAGUGGAGGAGGGCCCUGGACGAUGUUCCACUCCUUUGGAUCUUGCAGCACUGGCUCUUCUGGCUGGCUGCAGCAGCUGGGCUGGGCUGGCUGGCCUGGCAAAGGGAGGAGGCCUCUCGCCGGCGCCGUGAGCAAGAAGAGCUCAGCGCAGCAGCCGCUGCUGGCGGGCCUUUUGCAGCGCUCAGCCUGUCACCGCUGCAGGACCUGCCCUUCAUGGGCCGGACCCUGAAGAAGCUGCUGCGGGACCUCCUGGAGGUGUGCCAGGUGCUCUCCCAGAACACCUUCAUGCCAGAGCUGCACCUGGCCACUGGGCAGCAGGGCACCUGCAUCGAGUCCUGGCAUGAGCUGGGGGACUGCACCGUCUACCAGCUGCUGCUCUUCCUCAGGCCACCCCCCUGGCACUCUUUCCGGCUGCAGCUGCCCGACGCCAUGGACGUGCCACACUCCAUCCGUGUGCUGCUGGAGUGCUCGUGUUCCAGGACGGCGGGGAACAUCUUCUGCUUUGUCCACCCCACCUACAACCACCAGCACUCGCCCCUCGUGCGCACCCUCUGCACAGACUCCCACUUGGAGGUGCAGAAGGUCGCCGGCUGGCUGCCCAGACUGGUGGAAUCGGCCUGGGAGCGUUUGCCUCAGUGGCACGACUGGCAGCUCCGGCUGCUGCCCUCCUCCCGCUCCUGCAGGCUCCUGCUGACCGGCCCCGGCCAGGUGCGGCUCUGCGCUGUGCUGCUCUUGGCACUGCAGCAGGGCCGCCCGGGCACCUUCCUGCUCCUGGAAUAGGCAGGCGCAGCUUUCCCGGGGGCUGCUUUGGGCCGGGGCUGCGCGGCGACUUGGGAGCGCACCCAGUCGGCACGGCACAACAGACCCUUGUGCUGACUGGACUGAAGAGCAGCACUCCUGGCUCUGUCUACUCCCAACUCCCCAUGUGCCCUGCUCUGCCUUAAGCCCAGCUGCAAAUGGAGCACCAGCAGCCACUCCCUCAACUGCCUUCCGUUCCCUGCCACCCUGGUGGAAUGGGGGCAAGAAUCCCAACUCCAACUUGGCAGAAAGUUAACUUUAAGACUACCCCCAACAAUAGGUUUAGGAGUAAGUUUAAGAGUAAGUUUAGUUCCUAGGCAUAAUAAUAGUCAUAGUAAUAGUAAUAAUAGUAAUAACUAGUUUAAGAUAGAUCAUUUUAAUAAGAAUUUAGUUUUAUAAAACUCUAAACAGUAAGGUAGAUAACGUUAGCUCCCAGCUCCCCACGUCCCCUGUCCUGCUUUAAUCCCAGCCGGAAAUGAAGCCCCAGCAGCCACCCCCUCAAGCCCCUUCCCUUCCCUUCCCCGCCACCCUAGGUUCAUAAUAGCUUUCAUUAGAACUUUAGUUAAGUUUAAUAAUUAUAAGGGAAACAUAG